GGGUAACGGUGGUGGAGCGUAUCAGAGACAUUAACUGUUGAGGAAGGUGUGCGGCUUCAACAAGGGAAUAGACAGCGAUGGCGAGUCAGAGACCACCCUCUGGCAGACCGAUGAGCCGUGGGGCGCUGGUACCAGGAGGAGGAAGACCCCCGACGGCAAUCAGACCGCCGCAGACGGCCAUCAGAGUCGGAACAGGGAUGGUGCCAGGGACCGGUCGGCCAGGGACCAGGGGAGGACCCAUGGCCACUCCAGGGGUCCUGUCUGCACAGAUCAAAGUGGCGGACCGGCCUGUCACUCAGCAGGGCCUGAGUGGGAUGAAGACUGGCAUGAAAGGACCUCAGAGGCAAAUCCUGGAUAAAUCUUAUUACCUUGGCAUACUCAGGAGUAAAAUCAAUGAACUUACUGCGGAGUCAAGUAAAUUGCAAAAGGAAAUCGAAACCUUCAACCAGGAGAACUCUGUCUACCUGUCCUAUGAGAAGAUAGCGGAAGGACUUGCUGGUGAAAUCAAAGACCUACAGGGACAACUGGCAGAUUACAACAUGCUCGUGGACAAACUAAACACUAACACUGAGAUGGAAGAAGUAAUGAAUGACUUCAAUAUGCUGAAAGCACAGAAUGACAGGGAAGCCCAGAGCAUGGAUGUCAUCUUUACAGAGAGACGAGAGAAGGAGGAGAUGAUCCGAGUGGUGGAGGAGGAAAUUGAACGAGAGAAGCAGGCCGCGGAAAACAUCGUGAAGAAGAUGGCCCCUGAGAAACAGGCCAAGUACGCUGAGAUGAAGACCAGCAAUGAGGAGCUCCUGCAGGAGCUGGACGCCCGUCAGCAGGAGCUUGACGCGCUCAUCUCACGGAAGGAGACUUUGGAAGCCGAAAUGGCCCACUCGCAGGUGAAGCAGGAGGCGGUGCUGCUGCACGAGAAACUGCAGGAGCUGGAGCUGCGGAGGGAGGCCAUGGUGGCCGAGGACAAGAGCCUGGGCUCGCCUCAGGAGGAGAGGGAACGCCUGCUCAAACAGGUUAAAGAAGAUAAUCAGGAGAUAGCAAGCAUGGAAAGACAGUUGACCGAAAUCAGAGAGAAACUGAGCCAGAUCAACGACGAAAUGCGGCAGCUGGACAAUGACAUGGAGGAGCACCAAGGGGAACGAAACCAGAAGUACAAAGAGCUUAAGAAGAGAGAGGAGAAUAUGGACAAUUUUCUGGAGGCGUUCGAAGACACCAAAGCUCAGGAGCUGGAGCGCAGUCGUCAGACACAGGCCAGCAUUGUGGCAUUGCUGGAACACUGCAGCAGGAACAUGAACCGCAUGAAGCAGAUCUCUUCAGUAACAGCCAAUGAGCUGAAGUCCAUGCAGGAGGACCUCAGCUUCAAGGAGACAGAAAUGCACAAGUCACAAAACACAGCCAAAGGCCUGUCUGCAGAGAGCCAGCGCCUUCAGCAGGACCUGCAGAAGGUGGAGCAGCUGGAGACCAAGAUCAACACGGAGCUCAGCAGCCUGAAGGAGAAGAUCCAGCAGAUGAACGAGGGCCUGGAGACCUACAGCAACCUUGACGCACUCAAGGCCGCUGGCGAGGAAAAGAAGAAGAGACUGCAGGAGGAUAGAGUGUCCCUCAUACAGAGGAGAGACACCUUUCGAAAGGUGAUGCAGAAGAUGAACGACGAGUAUGAAGCACUGAAGACCCAGCUGCAAGAGAACGAGACCCACGCACAGCUAACCAACUUGGAAAGGAAGUGGCAACAUCAUGAGCAAAACAACUUUGUCAUGAAGGAGUUCAUUGCCUCGAAGGGAAUGGAGAGUGACUACCGUCCUGUGGUGAAGAGCGUAACCAAACAACUGGCAGAAUACAAUAAGAUCCUCAUAGAUGCCCUUCAGGGCAACAGAAACUGAGGGACCACUUCCUUCCUCUGGUCUGCCAUGGCCUUCUCCCAGGGGUCUGACCCUGGUCUGUUUCC